AUGUCUUCACCAUCAGGCUCCUCACAAGAACCUGGAGCUGGCAAAGCCAAUGGUGCUCUCAACAAAGCAUUCCCGCACAUUGACCUUGAUGGUCACAACCUUCCUCCCUCGCCUGCACCAUCUAGUCCUCACAAUGGCAGAAGAUAUGCCUUGGCCACCGAAUUAGUCUACACCGAGACUAAGGAUCAAUAUGGAGCUUCAAGCAUGCCAAUAUAUCAAUCUGCCACAUUCAAACAGAACUUGGCAGGUGGUGGAUCAGAAUACGAUUAUACACGUUCCGGAAAUCCUACAAGAACACAUCUGGAACGACAUCUCGCGAAGAUUAUGAACGCUAACCGUGCCCUCGUCGUUGGUUCUGGCAUGGGAGCAUUAGAUGUUAUUACACGAGUUUUACGACCUGGAGACGAAGUUAUUACAGGAGACGAUUUAUACGGAGGUACCAAUCGAUUGUUGACAUACUUGGCUGCGAAUACUGGCAUAAUCGUACACCACGUCGAUACGACUACUCCCGAUAAAGUCAAAGCAGUUCUGGGUCCCAAAACAGCUAUGGUUUUGCUCGAGACACCAACCAAUCCUUUGAUAAAGAUUGUCGAUAUUGCGACAAUUGCAAGGACAGCACACGAGUUGAAUGAGAAAGCUCUAGUUGUCGUUGACAAUACUAUGCUUUCUCCUAUGCUAUGCAAUCCCUUGGAUCUCGGCGCAGAUAUAGUCUAUGAGUCAGGCACAAAAUAUCUCUCUGGGCAUCACGAUAUCAUGGCUGGUGUUCUGGCUUUCAAUGACCCCACUAUUGGAGAUAAGAUGUACUUCACAAUUAAUUCUACUGGUUGCGGGCUCUCACCAAACGAUUCAUUCUUACUUAUGAGGGGAAUAAAGACUUUGGCAAUCCGUAUGGAACGACAACAGACAAACGCCCAAGCAAUUGCUGAAUUCCUUGAAACGCAUGGUUUCCGUGUGAGGUACCCUGGUUUGAAAUCCCAUCCUCAAUAUGAUCUUCACUGGUCCAUGGCUCGUGGAGCUGGAGCUGUGUUAUCUUUUGAAACAGGCGAUGUUGCUCUCUCUGAGAGAAUUGUUGAGGCAGCAAAGUUAUGGGGCAUUAGUGUCAGUUUUGGUUGUGUCAACAGUCUGAUCAGUAUGCCAUGCCAAAUGAGCCAUGCCAGUAUUGACGCAAAGACCAGAAAGGAAAGACAGAUGCCAGAAGAUAUCAUCAGAUUGUGUGUUGGAAUUGAGGACGUGAAUGAUUUAAUUGAUGAUUUGAGCCGUGCUCUCGUUCAGGCAGGUGCUGUGAAGGUAACUCUCGAUGGAUUCCAUGCUGUAGAUACAGCUCAAGCUAUUGCUGAGGUACCAAUAGCUGAAUCGGAUGCUGCAGCAGCUCCAUUCUCUUGCUUUGCGAAUCCGAGUAUUGUUCGUUGUGGCUCCGAUAUUCCCUAUUGCGCAACUCCUCGUGUCGGGCCCGAAGGAAAUUAUUCAAUCCUUGCAUGUCAAGGACAUAAACCAUAUGGAAGAUCCGAUAUAAAUUUGGUGUAUAAAGGACAAACGACAGUCGGUCAUCUUCCCAGAUACCUUGGUGCAGACGGUAUCGUUACAUAUGCUACGCAUACACCCACAAUGCCAUCAUUAACCGCACCAAGCACCGGAAAUCGUUCAUCCUUUGGGCUCGAUGGUGCACCAGUACAAGUCUCAAGCACAUUUUUCCAAAAGCCAUCAUCCAAUUGUCAUUCCGGACCCUAUCAUGAUAGAAUCAGUGAUAUGAGUGUUGUACCUGAAGCAGCUAUCGUGGCAGGAACUAUUGUAGGGAGUCUGGUGGUUAUAUGUGCAGUAGUUGGCUUCAUUUUGUUUCUUGUUUAUAGAUAUAGGAGACGGAUGCCUACUGCUAAUAUGCAGGCAGAUCUUGAUAUGAUGCCGCUGGAAGAGUUGGUGGGGAGGAAAACUAGCAAUGGUCGGCUGUGUGGGCCGGCGCCUCGUGGACCGAUACCACCGCGAAGGUUCUAG